UGGCGCCAGCAGCUUUUGGCUCAAAAGACUCUGGACGAGUCAGAGUCGACAUGUCAGAGUCGAGCGAUGACAUGGCCAACUGGAAGGGGAAGUGGUCGUCCUGGUGUAUACCCAUGAAGGACUUCCGGCUAGAGUUCCUUUGUGGCUUGACAGUGGCCUUAGCGCUGGUGCCGGAGGCGGUGGCCUUCGCCCUGGCCGCGGGCUUGCCACCCGACGUGGGGCUCAACAGCGCAUGGAUCAUCUCGGUGAUCACCGCGCUCUUCGGAGGCCGCCCUGCCAUGAUUUGCGGCGCCACGGGAAGCUUGGCCGUGCUGGUGCCGGGCACCGUCCAGAUGCCGCACGGCAAGGUCUUGCUCUUCUAUGCGGUGAUCGUCAUGGGUAUCAUCGAGAUCCUUUUGGGACUCCUCAGCGUGGGCACUUUGGUGAAGCUGAUCCCGGUGCCGGUGAUGAUUGGUUUUUGCAACGGCUUGGCGCUGGUCAUUGGCUUAGCGCAGAUUAGCAACUUUAAGGACCCCGCUUGCUUUGGGGGCAAAUGCGGCGAACAUGCCGCCGACGCGAGCGCCGCGAGCGCAACGAGCGCAGCUGCACGGCGCUUGGACGCGUUCCACGCUUUUACGGAUCCGACUCCCUUCAUCCAUGGAGAGGAGGCCAUUUUCGCCGCAAUCAUCACUGUCCUGUCCUUUUGCGUGUCCUUGUGGCUUCCGAAGCUUUCGACACGAGUGCCCUCGGCGCUGGUGGCCAUCAUUGUGGGGAUCAUUUUCGAAUGGGCCAUCGUGAGGCCAGCCUUUGGCUCGCAGACGCCCAUCGUCCAGGAUAUCGCCCCGAACUGCGAGCUUCCAAGACUCUUUUGGUUCAACGACUUGUAUGCGGAUGCGCCGCCCUUCACGUGGAAGCUCUUCGUGCAGGUGCUGCCGUUAAGCGUCACCAUGGCUGCCGUGGGCCUACUGGAGUCCUUGAUGACCUUGAAUUUGGUCGAUGAGAUUACCAAGACCAAAGGCAAUCCCACUCGGGAGUGCCUGGGCCAAGGCUUGGCGAAUGUGCUCUGCGGUGUGUUGGGCGGCAUGGGCGGCUGUGCCAUGAUCGGACAGUCGAUGAUCAACAUUGGUUCAGGCGCCCGCACGCGCGCCUCCUCCUUCAUCGCAGGAUUGUUUUUGCUGAUCAUCGUGCUAGUGGCCUAUGAUGGGAUCAAGAAGAUUCCAGUCUCGGCUUUGGUUGGAGUGAUGUUCAAUGUGUGUUUCCACACCUUUGAGUGGAGCUCCUUGAAACUCAUGAUCUUGGCGGCGUGUCCCUUGCGUGUGCGACGGAAAUUCUUGAGCUCCAAGACUGCUGCGCAGCAGAUCCGCCGUAUGGACGCGCUGGUCAUCUUAGUCGUGACCUUGGUCACUCUCUUCACCGACCUCGCCACAGCUGUAGCUGUUGGCAUGGUCGUCAGUCUCUUCACCUUUGCACUGGAGACCUCCAACGCAGUGCAGGUCGUGCCGAGGGAACCCACGGACGGCGUCCAAGUCUAUGAUGUGCAUGGCACGCUCUUCUUCGGUAGCACCACGCACUUUUUGGACCUCUUUCCGGAACAGGUCGUGGCCAAGGACCCUGAUGAUGUUCGCUUGGUCUUUGAGACUGGGCACGUCGCAGACUACUCCGCUGUACAGGCGUUGAACAAGCUCGGGGAGCGCUAUGGGGCGCAGGGAAAGCGUUUGACGCUGCAAGAGCUAAUGCCAAAGACGCAUCGAGUCCUCUCCAGGUGCGCACGGCUUGGCGGUGGGGAGAUCACCUUGUCGCUGGAUGAGCAGAUGAACUUGCCCAAUAUGGACUCCGAGCUCCCGAACCACCUCCACAUUGAGCGCGUCCCCUCGGUGGACUUCUCCUACGUGCGCGAGCGCUCGCGCGAGACCCACGACGACUCGGACUCAGCCUGAGGUCAAACCAAGUUUCUUUAAGGUCUUCGAAGGCCCGGGGCGGGAUAGCCGGAGAAGAUCGAAAUAAUGCACUUGGAAUCCGUGGGGAAACUUCCCGGACCGUCGCAGGUGUCGUUCCAGUCCAAGCAGGCGAUCCAUGUAAUCACGUAGGAAUACUGAGCCAAGAUCAUCUGGCCAAGCUCAGCUCCAGUGAGGACGCUACGAUCGGGGCUCCUGGCAUCGCUACUAGGGGUUCCUGGCCUUACUACAUACUACUAUAGGUAGUAGGAGCGAUCGGACGCUACGUUCGGAGCAAAGGGCAUCGCUACGAACGGAGCGAUCGGACGCUCAAAUCUCACCAUCUUCACCUCUCCAGUUCCCGAAGGUCACAUGACCAUGACCCGAUCAUAACAGGUACCAAAUUCUGGUACAUGUUGGUACCCAAUUGUAUCCACACACUCCAUGUAUCGAAUACGUGCUGAUCAGUUGCGGUGAUUUGGGGGGGUCAAUAUAUAGAGUGUAGAUGGGAGAUACGCACAGUGUAUGGGAUAUAUAUAUAUAUACACGCACUGAGGGUCCAGGUAGAUGUGCUUCCUAGGUCGUUUGCCGCUGCCUGCAGCUGCCUGCCGUAGAGAUCGAAGUGUACAGUUCCUCCAAGACACCAUGCAGGUAAGGAAUUUUCCACAUGGUGAUGCGUUUAUGGCAUGCCC